AUUUAUGUUCCAGCAAAAUAAUGCAAACAUUGGAAUACUGUGGAACAGACACUCCACCAUAUUGUGGAGAGCUAAUCUUGUUCGAUGGAAGGCAACUUCUUUCAGGACAGCAUUCUUUUUUAUUCUUCGGGGAUGCAUGUCACUGACAAAAAAAUUAAUGAUAGCCAAACGGGGUUGAUCAUUGUGAACAUCCAUUUUCGAUAUGGUCUGUUGCAUAUGAACAGAGAGAGAGAGAGAGACAGAAAGAGAGACUUCCUGCUCUUCCUGCCUCGUUUCGGCCUCUUCCUCGAUGCUAAUGUUCCUAAUAUAACGAUAAUGACUCCGAUGGUCACGAUGGCGAGAUGGAAAAAGUUUAUGCCUCAUUCAGAGCUAGCAUUCUUGCUCGACCACUGUAAAGGUAGCUUUUCCCACAUAACUCAAACACAUGCGUUCAUGGUCUUAAGAGGCCUUGACCAAGAUAACACCCUCCUCAGCAAACUCAUCGACACCACAUCCUCCUUGGGUUUCUCGGACUAUGCCUACUCCAUCUUCCAGCAUAAGAAGGAUGCUAACAUCUAUCUUUGGAACACCAUGAUCAAGGGUCUCUCUUCCAUUCCUCAUUCACCGGAAGCAAUUUCACUUUACAAUACAAUCCAGAACGUCGGGUUACGACCAGAUAGCUAUUCCAUACCUUUCGUCCUGAAGGCUUGCGCUCACCUUUCUACCACAACAACUACCAUGGCAAUCCAUGCUCAGGCGGUUAGGAUUGGUCUCUGUCAGGAUGUUCACGUCCAGACAGCCUUCAUCCAAACUUAUGCUGCCUGUGGCUAUUUGUCGUGCUCUCGCCAGAUUUUUGACCAAAUGCAUGACAGAGAUUUGAUCUCAUGGAAUGCCAUUCUUGCAGCAUAUGUCAAGUUCGGUGACAUUAAAACUGCAUGCAAAUUGUUCGAUGAAAUGCCCCAUAAGGAUGUCAUCUCUUGGACGGCCUUGAUAGCUGGUUAUGCACAGAUCAACCAACCUAAUGAGGCUAUCAUUCUCUUCAGGAGGAUGCAGUUUGUGGAUAUAGAACCAGAUGAGAUCACCAUUCUAUCAGUUCUCUCUGCCUGUGCUCAAGUGGGUGCUUUAGAAUUGGGUGAAUGGAUACAUGCUUACAUUGAUAGGCAUAAUUUAUGUAAGAUUGUUCCACUUACAAAUGCUCUAAUUGAUAUGUAUGUCAAAUCUGGUCGCAUUGAUAAGGCUUUGGAAGUUUUCAAUGGUAUGAUCCACAAAAGCGUGAUAACUUGGAGUACCAUUAUUGCUGGCCUUGCUUUCCAUGGCUUAGGUAUGGAAGCUUUAAAGAUGUUUUCUAGGAUGGAAGGAGCUGAAGUGAUGCCUAAUGGUGUAACUUUUAUUGCUAUUCUGUCCGCAUGUAGCCAUAUAGGAUUUGUUAAAGCUGGCCGCUGUUUUUUUGACAAAAUGAGAACAAAGUAUAGUAUUACACCCAAGAUUGAGCACUAUGGUUGCAUGGUUGACUUACUUGGGCGUGCUGGUUACCUGUGUGAAGCAUUUCAGUUAAUAAGCGAGAUGCCAUUCAUAGCAAAUGGGGCAAUAUGGGGUGCUUUGCUGUCUGCUGCGAGGAUUCAUGUUGAUGUUAAACUAGGUGAGCUAGCACUGCAGCACCUUACUGAGGUGGAGCCCCAUAACAGUGGCAAUUACAUACUUUUGUCGAAUAUAUAUGCUUCUCUUGGAAGAUGGGACGAUGUUAGGAAUAUAAGGGAGUUGAUGAGAGACAAAGGUGUGAAAAAGCCUCCAGGCGGGAGUUAUGUUGAAGUAGGGAAUAGUGUCCAUGAGUUUGUUGCAGGAGACAAUUCUCAUCCACAUGCUGAAAGAAUAUAUGAAAUUGCCAGUGAGAUAGAUCUGCAACUGAGAAUGGCUGGUUAUGUACCAAAUACAUGUAUCUUGCUGGAUUUUGAUGAGGGUUGAAAAGGAAAAUUCUUUUCUAUUCAACUCUGAAGUGCAAGCGGUUAUUCAUGUGCGCUGGUGUAGGUAGUUUCUAAAGGAUGACAAGGGAGGGAAGCUCAGAAUGUAGUCCAAGUAUAUCUAGCAAAUUUUCACCUUAAGGCUGUCGGUACAGAUGUGCUGGUAGUUGUAUAUAAAGCAAUACUAAUAAACCCUGUGAUCGCCUUUAUUAGAAAUUCCUUCACAUCCUUGACAAGCAAGUGGAGCUUACCGAGUCAGAUGGGAGAUUGCCGCUCCUCUGUAUUUUGUGACCCAAUGUUAUGUAUUUGAGUGCCUUCUUGUAGGUAAACAAGGUACUAGCAAUUGACUAUGACUUAGAAAGUAGUCAAUCUGCUGUCCUACUUUAGCAAUUGAAGGACCUCACACUCAUGCACACGUGUUUAUCAUUGCCAUGUUCUUUGAUCUAUGUCAUCAAAAGCAUUACGCACUGUCUAGGCAGUAGAUCCUGCCUAGGAACAGUACACCAAUCUAAACAGAAAACAAAUAAAGAUUAAAAACUAAUAUCUCUAUGUUCAUUACAUAGUUAACUCCAAAAACAAGAUAAAGACAUGAACAUUUAACAUUUAAACAGUAGAUAAUUGUGUUAACUCUAACAACUGUAUUACACAAAAGUUUAACUGGUAUAUUAUAUUAAAGAAUACCAUAACUGGAUACUAUUAGCAAAUGAAUAACGUUCUUACUUAACAGCAGCUACACAAAAAAUGCAAUUUCAGAAAAAGAAAUAAAGAGGGAGUGCCAAAAUCACAAUCACAAGGAAGUGAAAAAGCAGCAGUGUCUUGACACAGAAGAAGAAAAGUGGCUAGAAAAAUGAAAAGACGAGAAAGGUGUGGGGGGCAAGGUUUAGGCACAUUAAGCGAGAACCUACGGCAAAUGGGGCUGUGUGCCAAACCUGACUUCAGCACAGGCAGGAUGUCCGUUGGGUGUAGCUGUUAGUAAUUAAUGGUUUUUGCUGUGAGAAUAACUUGUUUUCUCUUGGUAAGGGACAAAUUCUAAACUCAUUAAAAUUAAUGAUUAAAGUUUUUUCUUUUGGGGGCAAAUCUAACCUUAUAAAUAUGAUCGUAAGAGUGAUUUGGUGAGAAACAUAUGUUAAAGUAGUAUUUUUUAUUUUAGUAACUUUUUUAAUAAUCUGAAGCAAUGUUGUACGUAUCGUAUGAUACGACCCCGUAUCGUACGAUACGUAUCGUCUCGUUUGAAAAAAACGGUACGAUACACCCCCCGUAUCGUAAAAAGGGGGUGUAUCGGCCCUGUAUCGCACGUAUCAUACGAUACAGGGCCUGUAUCGUACGAUAUGGCCUAAAAACGCAAAAGGGGGCCGAGACCUACUUAUUCGGCUUCUUUUUCAAAUUUUUCUUUCGUUCUUCAUUUCUAACGCUUGGAUAGUGCCGUAAGGGAGGGCGAUCGUUCAUUUUCACCAUGAAAAACUUGAUUUUCAUCGUCAAAUCGAAGAUUAAGUGGUCGAUUUGUGCGUGGGUGCUUGAUUUUCGUGGGAAGGAAAGGGGUUUUCUUCAUUUCAGACAUUUCUUCUUCGUAAGAUAUGGAUCCUACAUGGCAAUGGUGCGAAAGGGUGAAGGAGAAUAACCGUUUGAAACUCAAAUGUGGCUUCCGUGGGAAUACACUUUCAAGAGGGAUUAUUAUAAUGAAACACCAUUUGGCAGGGACCUCCAAAGAUGCGUCUCCUUGUGUUGGAGGUCCAAGCAAACCUUUGCCUCCAUUUGUGCGUCAACAAUGUUUAGAUAUGCUUCAUGCUUUACGUCAAAAGAGAAUACAAAAAGAAAUUGAAGAUGCAGAUGUAGGCUAUAAUGUGCCUUUGGAAGAUGAAGAAGAAGAGGAAGAAGCUUAUGAAUGUGAUGAUGAAGACGAUAGCAGUCUAAGAACAGAUUUGGAGACCUCAAGAGGUAGAGAUCGUAGAGGAAAAGGGAUUAUGUAUGAAGGAGGUCGAUCUGGCAUAACGGGAAGGAAGAGGAGAGGCACAACAGAUGUUAGGGCCAGGCGUGGUAUGCGACCACCUAGUGGUAGAGUUCCUACUAGUAGGACUAGUGUUGACUCUAUUAAGAGUUUUUUCCCUUCAUAUACCAGCCCAGGUGGUCAGCCGCAGAUUCGUGCUGCUAUGACAUCUAAAGAUAUGCUAUAUCAUGCACAAAAACAGGUAGGGAAAUGGUUUUAUGAUGCAUGUAUUCCAUUUAAUGCAGCUAAUUCUUUUCAAUUCCAAGCCAUGGCAGAUGCAAUUACUUCUAUAGGCCCCGGAUUCAAAAUGCCAUCAUAUCAUCAAUUGAGGGGCAAAAUUCUUCAGGAUACAAUCAAAGAAGUGUCUGAGCAUUGCGAUGAGUUGAAAUUAUGUUGGAAGGAAACAGGUAGCUCCAUUAUGUCAGAUGGUUGGACUGAUACAAGGUCAAGAACACUUGUAAAUUUUCUUGUUUAUUGCCCUAAAGGUACAAUGUUGUUGAAAUCUCUUGACUUGUCUGAUGUUCCUAAGACUGCUGAGAUUUUAUUCAAUGUUUUUGAUAAUGUCGUACAAGAAGUUGGACCUGCAAACAUUGUACAGUUUAUUGCAGAUAAUGCUGCAAAUUAUAGAGCUGCAGGAGAUUUGUUAUUUCAAAAGUAUAGAACAUUUUAUUGGAAUCCAUGUGCCACUCAUUGUGUUAAUCUAAUGCUUCAAGAUCUUAAUGAGAUGCAUGAUAUGAAAUCAGCCAUUGACCAAUGACAAGAGGUAACAAAAUUUAUCUAUAAUCAUGAGAAAAUUUACAAAAGGAGUUGAAUUAAUACGACCUGCACAAACUAGAUCUGCCACAAAUGUAUUGACUGUGCAGAGUGUGGUGAAACAAAGAACUCAUUUGAAACAGAUGUUUGCUAGUGAAGAAUGGGCUGCAUAUCCACAUGCUCAUAAAAGAAAUGUUUAUUUAGUUGUGGAUAUUAUAUUCAAUAACGUAUUUUGGGAAUCAUGUGUGAAGCUAUUGAAGGUUUGUGUUCCAUUAGUUAAGGUUCUCAGGUUGGCUGACAGCGAGAACAGACCUUCCAUAGGGUACUUAUAUGAGGCUAUGGACAAAGCAAAAGAGGCAAUUCGAGACAACUUAAAGGAAAAAAAAAAGUUAUAUAUGCCCAUAUGGAAGAUUAUAGAUAAAAGGUGGACUGGACAGCUUCAUCAACCUCUUCAUGCAGCAACUUAUUAUCUAAAUCCUGCAAUUAGUUUUUCUCCUACAUUUAAGAAGGACAGAGAAGUCAUGCAUGGUUUGUUAGAUUGUAUUAAUGUGUUAGUGGAAGAUUCUACAGAACAAGAUGUUGUGCACAAUGAGUUGGAUCUAUAUGAUAGUUGUUUUCGGAACAUGAGACUACCUGCCGCCGUUCGAGCCAGGACAACGAUGCGUCCAGAUUUGUGGUGGAAUAGGUAUGAGUUUGAUUGUCCAAACCUAGCACGUUUUGCAGUCAAAGUCCUCAGCCAGACAUGCAGUGCUAGUGGAUGCGAAAGGAACUGGAGUGUGUUCCAACAUAUCCAUAGCAAAAAAAGGAAUAGGCUCGAACAUAAAAGGUUGAAUGACCUUGUCUUUGUUCGAUAUAAUAUGAGGUUGAAACAAAGAGAAUUAGAAAAAUCAUUAGCAAGGAAGCACACAUCUCAGUACGAUCCUAUCAGCUUGGAAAAUUUUGACGAUCUAGAGCCAUGGAUUGAAGAAGAACUAGCUACAAUAUUUGAUGAUGAAGAUCUUGAAUGCUUCAACCUUGAAGCUGAAGAAUAUUUGAUGAUGAAGAUCUUGAAUGCUUCAACCUUGAAGCUGAAGCAACAGAAGGCUUUGUUGAUGAAGGAGAGUUUGCUACUGCUGGUGCUGGUGCUGAAUAUGUUGGUGAAGAUCUUCCAAUUCUUGACGAAGAAGAAGAAGAAGAUGAUGAAGAUUAUGAAUGAUGAAUCAUGAAUGAGAGUCAAGUCAAGAGUGCUUUCAUUUUAUAUGUAUCAAAAACUUAAGAGUUAUGAAUCUAUGGUUGUUGAACACU